AUGCAAGGAUCGAUUUACAGCUCACCGUUUCCCGCAAUAAAUCCACGGGUCAGGUAUAGAACGGCACUGGAAAGAGCAGGCUUUGAUGUGAACUUCGAUAAAGAUGGGAAGGCCGGAAAGUAUCGCCAGCCUCUGCAGAGUGGGAGACAUGUGAGUGAAGGGGGUAGGGCCGAAUCUGGGAAGAACUGGGGCGGUAUUUCAGCCCACCAGUUGGGCAACAAUAGCCAGAGAUCCGUCAGUGGGCAUGUGUAUAAGGCACCCAAUGGUUCAUCAGAGCACCCAACUCUGAUACACGAGCCUCUUUCGAGCCCCAACUCGUCCGCAGAGCAUACCCCGCAAGCACAUGCGCAGUGGGACCAUCGCAUGGGGGUAUCACAGGCCCAGACACAGGGAGAGGGCAGAUCGGACUCACAUCCGAAGAGCGCAUCCGGCUCGAGCCUUGUCUCCAAAGGCGGCGCAAGGCUUUCUGUUCCAUCGGGCUCAAAUCUGUUUGUUAACAGGGUAUCGUCAGGGUUCGAUUUUGAGAACAAAGUGAGCGCGGUUCCGGCACCUGAGCGAACUAGCGCGGCAGAUUUCGAUCCCGUGGAGAAGAGUUUCCUGCAGUUAACGCAAAACUCCAAUGAAAGCUUCUCUUCUCAGGCCGAACGUGAAGUAUCGCCAUACUUGGGUGGCUCACAUGCGUCUACCAACAUGAGCAAUGACAAUUUUGAAGACGCACAGAGCCAGUACGAAAGUCCCGAGAAGGCUGGUAACGCUGAGAAAUGGAACUCUUUCAUGCGCCUAAGUGGCGGGCCAGACGUACUUGGGUUGCAAACACAACAGGCAGACUUGCCAAGGUCCGAAAGAUCUGACCUUGGCGCGGGCCCCAACAGCAGUAGGAUAUCCAACUCCAGUAUAAGCUUUUCCCCAGUGGCAGAGCUACAUGUGAAUUUUUCUCCCAGGAAGCAGCCAGAACAUCCUACAUCCGUUCCACGUAUCAGCGUAUCUAGCAAAGCACCCAACGUCUCCGAUUCCUCUGCUGACAGAAAAUCAUGGGGCGUUGACUCCCGCAGGAGCGCUGUGAGUGUGGCAGGAUAUGAAGAGGGCCAAGUUAAACUAGAAUCAUCCGAUAUCGAUGGUGACAUACCUGACGCGGUCCCAUUCGAUUCUAGCAGCGUCAAGGGCCUCGACAAUAGCCUCCAUCUCCAAGAGGAAACAUUUCGCGAGCUACCCGACCGCCCAGAGCUUACAAUGACAAGUGGGACGCAGGAGAAGGUCGGGGAGCAUAAACCACAAGAACAGGGCGAAGAAGAAGAAGAAGAAGAAGAAGAAGAGUUCGACCCGUCGUCCACUUUAACGUCAUCGCACCAAGUAGAAAGGUUACUGGCGCAAUUGAAUGAUGUCAGUCUAAACCGAAACCUUACUGUUGGGAAGCGGGAUCCUUUCACCCCCUCAGACGGCCGAUUCAAAAAAUCAAGCGCCUAUCUCUCAGGGUUUAUCCCCCCAGACACGCAAAGGCAUGAAGCUCUACCAGAGGUCGUUUCCGACAUGCAUUUCCAGUCUCAAACGUUGCAGGUGAAAGAUGAAGACAGAGCGGGCCGCGCAGGAGAGCUGUCUCCGGACUCCGACAGUACGCCCAGGUUUUACAAAUUUCGUGAAAAUGUUAAUCCUGAGGCAUCCGAUGAUCAGAGAUUCACACCGGAGCCCCAGAGUUCUGACAUUUUGGAUGCGACUAAGCCCUCGAAUCGAUUGCUCGACGCCUUGAGAUCACCGGUCAUCGAGCCCCUGCAGAUGCAUCGCAUAUCAUCUCCUACCAGCGGAGACCCUAAACCUGUGAGCGACACCCCGACCGGCGACAGCCAUGACCACCAGCCCUCGAAUGCCUUGGCCCACGCGCUAGAGUUCCAACACCCGCCCGGUCAGGGCCCCUGCCGCGCCUGUGGCCUAGCGGUGACCUCUAAGAGCAUAUAUUCGAAGAAGGACAACGAACUGUCCGGCCAGUGGCACCGUCCUUGCUUUAAGUGCAUCAAGUGCGACCUAAAAUUCUCAAAGCACACUCCGUGCUACAUCCUGAACGACCAGCCCUACUGCCAGCUGCAUUACCACAUUACCAACAACAGCAUAUGUGGGAUUUGCCAAGGUUUCAUCGAAGGCGAGUGUCUCGAAAACGACCGCCAAGAGCGGUAUCACCUAAGAUGUCUCACCUGCUUCCGGUGUGGCGACUACAUUCGCGAAGACUACUACCUCUUCAACAACGACCUACCAUUAUGCCAUAACCACGAUACAGAGGAGCUGAAAAAAGAGGUUGUGGACAAGCUGGGCCGUUCUACGACAAUCUCCAAGCGGAGAACCAGACUUUUGAACUUCAAUUGA